AUGACUGUGAAAACUAUUUACAUUGCUAGACAUGGCUAUAGAUCGAACUGGCUACCUACUGGACCCUAUCCUCCUCCUCCAACAGGCGUUGACAGUGAUGUACCUUUAGCUAAACAUGGUAUCGACCAAGCCAAGGAACUGGCGCACUACAUCGUUUCGCUGGAUAAUCAACCCGAAUUGAUUUUUUCCUCCCCAUUUUAUCGUUGUAUUCAGACCAGUGAACCAAUAGCCGAUAUCCUGGAAUUACCUAUUCAGAUCGAGAGAGGUCUAGGUGAGUGGUACAGACCUGACAGACCCAUUAUUCCAGUUGCUGCUCCUAUAGAAACCUUGGAACACUUUUUUCCAGGCAAAGUCAACCCAAAAUGGGAAUCGAUAUCUGUGGUUUCUGAUAAAGGCGAAACAGAGAUUAAUUUAUUCAAAAGGUGUGCCGAUCUCUGGCCUAAAUUUAUCGGAAAGAUUGAAAAUGAGUAUCCUAAUGUAGAAACUAUACUGAUUGUUACACAUGCUGCCACCAAAGCUGCUCUAGGAAUGAGUCUUAUGGGAUAUUCUAACUGGAAAGAACCUUUGGAUGAGGAUGGAUCAAUCAUAAGAAGCGGAAGUUGUUCGUUAGAUAAAUAUGAGGUACAUCUGACCGGUUCAAUUGAAGCAGGAGAAGAAUAUAUUAAUGUGCCAUUUACUAAGCGCAAUUGGAGAAUGACAAUGAACGGUAAUGCUGAAUUUUUAAGCCUGGGUGAAGAAAUGAAUUGGGAUUACAGAAAUGCCUUUGAAGCUGGAUCAGACGCUGACAUAAAACUUAGAAAAGAGGCCGCUGCGAAAGGAGCUAAAGACGUGGUAGCUAAUACAUCCCCCGGUGAUGAGAAGGAGUUCGAGUCUGUAUAUGUCAGCGUAGAUAUACCAAGUGCUGAUUACCGAGGAAAGUCAGAAAUUGAUAGAACUGCCUGUUUACAGCAUUCUGGACUGGAAACAGAGGCACCGUUAUUUAAGAUCAAAGAUAAAAUUUAUGAGGGCAGUUGGAAAAAACUUGUUGGCACAGAAUUAGCAUUUUUCAAUGAAGCUUCAGUGAACAAAAAGAGCGACAAAGGAGCUAAAGAGAGUAACAACAUUUCUUCAAAUCAAGAUGAACAAGGAAAUAUGAACUCUUCUCAACAGGCAGCGUCCCAUGAAUCCGAUGAGCAAGAAGAUGCUAAUGAAGAUAAAGCAAAACAUUCUGAAAAAAUUUAUAAAAUUACUGAUAGAGUUGUAUUAUCGGGCUUACGCCGUUUGUAA